AUGUCAACACCUCAAGAUGAUCAAUUAAAUAGUCAAGCACAAAUUCAAGAAAAUAAUCGAAUUCAAGAAGGUAAUCAAGGGGACAAUCAAAUUAAAGAAGAUAAUCAAGUUCAAGAAGAAGAUAAUCAAGCUCAAGAAGAUAAUCAAACUCAAGAAAGUAAUCAAGCUCAAGAAGAUAAUCAAACUCAAGAAAGUAAUCAAGCUCAAGGAAGUAAUCGAGCUCAAGGAAUCAAUCAAGCUCAAGGAAACAAUCAAGUUCAAGGAAGCAAUCAAGCUCAAGGAAGCAAUCAAGCUCAAGGAAACAAUCAAGUUCAAGGAAGCAAUCAAGCUCAAGGAAGUAAUCAAGCUCAAGGAAGUAAUCAAGCUCAAGGAAGUAAUCAAGCUCAAGGAAGCAAUCAAGCUCAAGGAAGCAAUCAAGCUCAAGGAAGUAAUCAAGCUCAAGAUAGUAAUCAAGCUCAUGGAGACGAUCAAGCUCAAGGAGAUGUUCAACGACUACCUAAGUAUUUGGAAAAAAUUAAGAACACUUUGAAUCCAACACAGGAGAAUAUCUUUAAUAAUUUUAAUAGCAUAGGAGUGAAAAUGAUUUUUUUGGAAACAAUUUAUGAACAACGACUAAAAGAGGCGAAUAAAAUUAAUUUACUUGUCGCUACAGUUAGUAUGCUCGUUACCCUCGUUAUAAAUGUUUCAGUUAUCGCCCUUAAAAAUGAGGACAAUACAAUAAUCUUACUUUUAAAUGGCAUCGUCUUCACUAUGCAAAUUUUUACUGUAAUGAUAACAGUAGCAAGUGAACCAUAUUUACAAAACAGAAAUUAUUUACAUUUAUUCUAUAUUUUCAUUCCAAUAGUCAUAAGUGUAGCGUUAGCAAUAAGUUUAGGAAUUUCUUUUCACUCACCACUCAUAACAGCCACUUGGGUACCAGUUGGCGUAUUAUUUUCUAAUGUUAUUCUUCAACAUGCUAAAUCGAUCAAAGGAUAA